ACCGAGGGUAGGAUUCUUAGUUGGAUUGGCUUGGGUAGGAUUCUAGCUGGAUUGGCUUGGGUAGGAUUAUUUGAAAAUGAACAGCAAGGAUAUCUCAAAGUUAUCGUACAAGGAAUUGCAAGCGUUAGCCCUCCAGUACCGCGUGCCCGGCAACAUAAAGAAGAAAUUACUGGUUAAAGUCAUACAAGCCGCGAAGGUCGGAAAUGGGAAUGAAGUUAGCAGGCUGUUACAAGAUUUUAAGCAGAAUCGUAAGAGGAAAGUGAGAAAAGUCAAAAUCAAGAAACUCGGGUUAACCUCCACGCCAUUGCAUAAUUCUGAUUCCGUUAUGACCGAUGAUUAUUACUGCUCACAACAACAACCACCUUGUCAAUGGGUUGGCGCGGAAGAAGAGAUAGCAAAUAAGGACGAUGACAGUAGAAUAACUCAGUAUGAAGAAUUCAAACAGUUUUUAUUAAAAAGAAUGCAAAGAGACAAUUUUCACUCGUACGAUGCGAACAACAAUGAUACUAAUAAUUCCACUAUAUUAUAUGUAAGAACACCGUCAGUUUCUUCCGAGCAGAAAGAUGCUUUAGAAACCUGUAGCCAUCCUAGGUGUCAUGUGAUUGCUGUUAACGAUACGGAGUCGUUUGUCUACCAGUCGAAUGAAAACGUAGAAUAUCAAACAUUGGGAGAUACAAAUAAUAACGUUCAGGGGCCUAUACUUCUGAAGAAAAUGUUGCAAGCACCGGUCGGUGCAAAUUUAGGGGAGAUAGCCAGUCCUGUAUUCGGGAAUUACAAGUUUUGGACCAUGGAACACGAUCAAGCGUCCAAUAACAUAUUAGAUGAUUCUGAUACUUUGUCUGCGGUAUCAGAUAACGGAGACAAUGAAGAAAAUUUGGAAAACAAUGCAGAAUACUAUGGUUUUUUAAACAGUGUAAAGGGAGAAUACUUCCUAAAUGAGCCGACUUUUGCGAAAAAUACUGCGCUCGAAAAGAUUGGUCAAUUUUCAAAUGUAUUAACAAAUGAAAAUGCUAAUCAAUGCAAAUACUACGCCACAAAUAAUGAUAUAAAUCAAGAGUAUGAAACAUGGACUGUCGCCAAUGUUAUGGCCACAACAGAUAACAAUGGUGCAACCUCAGAUUUUCAACCGAAGAUGUUUCAAAAUGUGUACUGUGAUAAUGUGGGGCCUGAUACAUUGCACAAUCCUGUAAGUGAUGAUCAUUUAUCUUGCCAAUAUAAAGUAGCAGAGGUCACAGAUUCUUACAAUGCAAAUCAAAAUAUAUUGACUCUUCAUCCAUCGGAAGAAAAUCAGUAUUAUGAAAGGAAUCUUAUUCCUAAUGUUUUACCUGACUGUCAGAGCACAUAUUACGUACCAGAUACAGAAACUAACGUAGAAUAUGUACCGGAAACGCAAUCGAACGUAAACGCAAAUCAAAAUCCAGUUGUACCUCAAACAUUUGCUAACUAUAAUCAGUAUAACUCUGAUCUAUCGUACGAAUAUUCCUACUCGCAGAGCAAUCUGAAGAAUAUUCCACUGUCUGGAAAUCCUGAGCAGUUCGACCAAAAUUGUAACGCAGUACAAAUUGAGCAUAACAAUCAGAGAAACAUGCCUAACGUAUCAGAGAAAGCACAAGUAAAUGGCGUAUUAGAUCCAUUUUGGCCUAAUAAACAUCCAAGAAGUCCCUAUUUGGAGAACAUGCUGAAUUUGAUUAGUAACAAACGGAUAGAUCUGUCGAAAGUUGAUCAGACGUCUUGCGUAUACUGUUACGUAGCUCCUAUCGUUACUCAUACAUCAGUAUCUUCAAAUUCGACUUGCUCCCAAAAGGAGAAGUUCGUUGCCGAAUAUAGACAACAUUCCUUCUCUCCAAAUUGGCUACUCUACAACGAUACGUCGUACGGUUUGCGAAUGGCGAAUUUACAAGCGAAGAUCCAAGAAGAAUCGCGAAUCAUAGACGCGCAGAUGUCGACUAAUAAUUCCGAUCUACGGGAGUCAGCCGAAGGAAGCACUUCAAUGUCCGAAGUGUGGACGCACAAUUACGAAGACAAGGAUGUGAACAUGGGUGAGGAUUUAAAUACUACAGUUACGGACUGUUUAUUCUCGGUAAUAAAUACUGAUCCGUUGGUCAGUCAUGCGACCAAUUUCUCUAAGAAUCAAGCUGAGUAAAAGCUGUUUCUACUACGACAAUGCGUAAAACGUAGUACGUAUUUUUAUUGUAAGCAAUAAAAGUAUAAAAAUGUCGAUAUGAUGUAAUUAAAAAAAGAGUAAUUACGCAUUAUUUAUAUAUUUAAGAUUAUAAGUUAAAAGCGAUUAGUAGAGGAUUAUCAAUGUUUAGUCUUAAAAGAAGACAUGAUUUGUUAUGUUCUAUCAUGAUCAUAUGCGUUCGUUUGGAACGUGAAAGGAUUUUGUUAAGUUUGUAUAGUUAUCGAACUACACAAUCAGCGAAAGAAACGCUAAAAGAUAACAACGACUCUUAUAUGAUCUCGAAACAUGCAAUAUUUUCUUUAUAAAACAGGAAUGAAGAAACGAAAGCGAACGUUGAAAUGAACCAAGAAGGGAAUCAAAUAUUUUUCUACUGUUAAUCUUCUUUAUCCUAGAUCCAGUAUACUAUAUCAUCAUUUAUAUAUUUUAUAAAGAAUAAAUAUCAAUCAUUACAAUAAAUGUAUAAUAUACAAUAUGUGUACAUUCUCCAAAGCAUAGUAAAUUGCUGUUAAAAGGCGAAGGGAGCUAUUUGUUAAACUACC